AUGUGGUAUCACGUCUCCGAGCCGAACAGCUACCUCGCUGUGACCGGCUUGAACAUCGACAAAGUCCGCAUCUGCAAGAAGACCAUAGUAUGGCCACUGCAAAAGGUCACCAAGCUCUCGAUCACUCCAUUCGACUUUUCCAUGAGUUUGCAAGCGAUGACAUCUGAGAAGCUGCAGUUCUCGCUUCCGGCCGUCUUCACCAUCGGGCCCCUCGACGAAGUCGAAGCUUUGACAAAGUACGCUGUUCUACUUACCGGAGACUCGGAUGGCCGUGUGCAAACGAAGAGCGGCACGGUCGCUACAGGUCGCAACCAUGUGCAGGAUAUCGUGAAAGGCAUCAUCGAAGGCGAAACGAGAUCGAUCGUUUCGAACAUGACCAUGGAGGAGCUGUUCAACAACCGCAGGCUUUUCAAGGCGCAGGUCAUUGAGUGUGUUCAGAAGGAACUCGACCAAUUCGGCCUACGCAUUUACAACGCCAACGUCAAGGAGCUACAUGACGUCGGAGACUCGCGCUACUUCGAAUCGCUGGCUCGCAAAGCACAUGAAGGCGCGCAAAGCCAGGCACAGGUCGACGUCGCCAAUGCUCGCAUGAUCGGACGCAUCGGUGAGGCGGAGAAGGAUGGCGAAACCAAACAAAAGAUUGCGAAAAUCGAUGCUCAGACUGCCGUCCUUGCCACCGAGCGCAAAGUCGAGAAGGCCAACGCAGACGCACAGCUCAAGUCGAGGGAGAUCCAGAUCGCACGCGAGAUCGACCUUGAGCAGAUUGCGGCUUCGCGCGCAGCGGAGGAGAGAGAUGCAGAGCUACAGAAGGGUGUCGAGGAGAAGCGUGCUGGCAUGGAAUUGGAGAGGCUGCGUGCUACGACUGUUGUGCAAGCAAAGAUUGCUCGUGAAUCUGCGGAGCAGAAGGCUGAUGCCGACUACUACUCCUCUCAAAAGCAGGCCGAUGCGCACCAAUACAACCAGAAUGCUGAGACCGAGGCGGUGUACCAGCGUGGUGCUCGUGACGCGGAAGCAGAGCUCUUCAAGCGGACCAAGGAAGCCGAAGGACGACGUGUCGAUGCAGAGGCCGACUUCUUCGCGAAGCAAAAGGAAGCUGAGGCGUCGUACCUGGCGCAGAAGAAAGAGUCCGAAGGUCUUAUCGAGAUGGCCGAAGCAUAUGAUGCGCUCGCCAACGUCAUGGGCGGACCGCAAGGCCUCUUGAACUUCCUCAUGCUGGAGAGGGGCGUGCACGAGAAGCUCGCAGCCCAGAACGCGAAGGCCAUCAACGGACUGCAGCCAAAGAUCAAUGUCUGGAAUACCGGCAACCAGGAGGGUGUCGAUUCGACUGCGCCGAUCAGGAAUCUGUUCCAGAGCUUGCCUCCGCUGCUCAGCACCAUCCACGAUCAGACGGGAAUUCAGCCGCCUGCGUGGUUGGCUCAGAUGCCCCAAGGGCAGAAUGGAGAGAUGUCGGCGGAGGAGAAGCAGGCGCUGCAGCAGAAGCAGAAGAUGGUUAAUGGGCAUAGCUGA